AUGGAAAAUAGACCGUUGGUUUUGGCUGUUGUUAUGACUUCAGUAUAUAUGAUUUAUAUUAAGGGACAAUGUACUAUUACCUGUCAAUCGGCCGAAUGUAAAAAUGGAGGUACAUGUAUUGUAAACACUGAUAAUUGUUCUAAAACGUGUAAAUGUUUAUCGUAUUAUACUGGAAGUAAGUGUGAAAUAGCCGACCUUAAAAUACAGGAAACAACAACUUCAGUUCUAAAAGCCUCUUCAACAGAAACAACUACUUUUUUAGAAACUUCUAAUUUGGUACUUCAAAACUCGUCAGAAUUUAAAACGACUACUCUGAGACCUAGGUCUAGUCGAAGCUGUCUUUUUGGAAUGCUGAUAUGCGAACAUGGAUAUUGCUCUGGUGGAAUGAAAUGUAGCUGUGAUCCUAACUGGACUGGCGCAAAGUGUGAAAGGUUGAAAUGUCCCCUGUCUUGUGAAGGACUUUGUGAGUUGAUUGAUAAUAGAAUAGAGUGUAAGUCAACAGAACCAGUAACAACAGCUAUUACGUUAAUUACCAGGAACCCUGUGAAAGGGAGACAACUACCACUAAUUCAACAGAGAGCAGUGAUAUCUCUAACUACAGAAACAGCAACCCACAGUGAUAUAGGAGAACGGAAAUGUCUUAAUGGAUCUAAUGCAUGUGUGCAUGGGUACUGUAAACGUGAAACACUGAGUUGUGUUUGUGAUGAUAACUGGAACGGCUAUCUUUGUGAUCAGCUCGACUGUCCAGCAAAUUGUCCCAAGGGUUGUAACAUCUCUAAUAAUAUUGUCCAAUGUUUAGAACAUACAUCAGAAAUAUCUGAACAAAGUUCUGUUACGUUGGAAACAUCAACAAUGGUGCAAAGAACAGCAGUUGAUAUUGAAGAUGACUUAUAUAGAUCUUUAAAAAACAGAACAUGUUUACAAAAUUUUUUUGUUUGCGUUCAUGGAUUUUGCAAGAAGGAGAGAAUGCGUUUUUACUGUGUGUGUGACAGUAAUUGGGAAGGAAUGUUCUGUGAUAAAUUAGACUGUCCACACUGUUCGAACGGCUGUGAGUUAGAGGAAGGAUCUGUAGUAUGUAAUACUGCAACAGAAUUGUUAGUUUCGUUUACUUCUAUACCAACUACAAUAUCAGCAACGACUGUUUUCACCUCAAUGCCUACUACGAUAUCAACAACGACUGUUGGACAAAUAAAUGGCUCAUUUCCUGAUGGACAUGUCUGUUCCAACAAUUACACAGAAAACCGAACAAAAUGUAUGGGUAUAUUUCCUUGUAGAUAUGGAAAAUGUCAAAAUGAACUUUCUGGCUCCAAGUUGAUUAAAUGUGUUUGUGAUCCUGGAGCCGAUGGAGACAUGUGUGAAAAAACAUGUUGUAAAUACUGUAGUGAUCACGGCCGCUGUAGGAGAGAUAUGAAUCAAACAGAAUUUUGCAACUGUAACUUUGACUACGAAGGAGAAUUCUGUGAAUAUAAAAUCAUUCCGAAAGUACUGGAAGAAGAGACGUGGUAUUGGUGGGUUGUUGGCGUAUGUCUUGGUUUGAUUGUUAUCUUAGUUCUGGCAUUAGUAGUCCUUCCUUACUGGAUGUGGAGAAACAGGGUCAUACUGAUCAUGAAAAUUGUACAUUAUUUCCAAAGAUAUGAAGACAAUGAUGACAGAGAAUGGGAUGCAUUUGUAUCCUACAAGUGUGACGACAGGGACGAAUCAUUUGUUCUAAAACAGCUAUAUUCCAAGUUAGAAGUGGAAAUGGGUUUUAAAUUGUGUCUUCACUUUAGAGAUUUCAUACCAGGAGACACAAUUGCCAACAACAUCAUACGUGCAGUUCAAGGGAGUCGACGAACAAUUAUGUUGUUAACUCCACGAUAUGUACAGAGCGAAUUUACAAAGUUUGAAUAUCAAAUGGCUCAAACAGAAAUGUUAAAAAGACGACACAGAAUUAUUCCCUUAGUUUUAGAUGAUAUAUCUUCUGUAAGAAGUGAAUUAGAUCCGAACUUAGAGCAAAUCAUACAUUCAGUGACUUAUCUGGAGUGGCCUGGUGAAGAAGAUAGUUUCAAAAUGCAAAAGUUCUGGAAAAAAUUAGUUUUAUCAAUGCCAAAGAAAAAAGAUGUAGAAGAAAAACGUAAAGCCAUGUCAAGUAGUGGUAGUCCUUCAAGUUAUAAUUUCAGUAGUCAAACAUCAGAAAUACCACUAGUUAGUCAAUCAUCAGAUUCCUCUAGCAGUAAUAGGAUAUCUAUAGUUUCAAAUGGCAGCAGUGAUUACCUUUCCUCAGAACAAAUCAACACCAAUGGGCACAUACCUUCGGAACAAAUCAAUAGUAAUGGUUACUUGCCAUCGGAACAAAUCAUCAGUAACGGUUACUUACCAUCGGAACAAAUCAACGGUAACGGUUACUUACCAUCGGAACAAAUCAACAGUAACGGUUACUUACCAUCGGAACAAAUUAACAGUAACGGUUACUUACCAUCAGAACAAAUUAACAGUAAUGGUUACUUACCAUCGGAACAAAUUAACAAUAACGGUUACUUGACAUCAGAGCCAAUCAAAAGUAAUGAAAUCAUAUUGAAAUUACAAGAUGAUUCGAUUGAUCUCAACAUAAAUGGUGAAAAACCAUCUAACCUCAAAUCAAAUAUCAACAACUACCUCGAUCUUAUUGAUCCAGAUUCUUUUAAUUGCUCUCAUACAUAACAUCAACUAUACAUGUACAUAAAACUAACCUUCUCAGUGACCCUAUUCAUUCAUUAUAUAUUAUCCGUCCAUGUAUCGACUUACAGAUUGGCAGUUUUCUUUCAAACGUAGGGCAAACACUAAUCAAGAUUAACAUUUUACAUUCUUUUUACCAUUAUUUUUUAAACUUAUAGUAUAUUAUGAAAUAAAAUAGCAAAUAUUGUAUAAGUUUGAUAACGCUAAAUCUUUCUAGUAGGGGUGAUUAUUACACAAAAUGCAAUCGAAUUUCAACUGUGACUGGCUAGUUUGCUUUUGUUAGAUAUAUUAGUUAGCUAUAUUUCAGGUAUUUAAUGUUCUUGUGUUGGUGAGUACACAAAACAUAGUGCAGUGAGGUGAACAUUAUUUAGAUUAUAUUAAUUGAUUAAAUAUACUCAGAUAUUUUUUUAAAAAGUAACAACAUAAUGUGUAUGUAUAUGACCAUACUUGACACGAAACUAUUUUAUUAAAACUUUUUAAAAAAUCAGAAA